AUGGGCUGCUCAGCCCAGGCCUGGGUGCACGCGUCAAUCGACGCGGCGAACGGCACCGUGCGCUUCGCCGCAGCCUCCGACUCCGACAUCACAUCCGGCCUCGCGGCCGUCCUCGUGGCGGCGCUGUCCGGCCUCACGCCGGCCGAGGUCCUGGACGCGGACGCCUCGUGGCUCCGCGCGCUCGGGCUCGGCGGGGCGGCGGGCGCGGUCGCGGCGUCGCGGGUCAACGGGUUUGCCAACAUGCUGGAGGCCAUGAAGCGGCGCGCGCGCAUGCUGACCGCGGAGGUGCCGCGGUUCCCUUCGCUGCUGAUCUCAAAGGACAGCCUGGAGCCCCAGGGCGCGUUUGCUGAGGCUCAAGCGCAGUACCUGCGCCCGGACGUGGCCACGGUGGACCGGCUGGCGGCCACCCUGCGCGAGAAGCAGAUCGGCGUGGUGGCGCACUUCUACAUGGACCCGCAGGUCCAGGGGGUCCUCAGCGCCGCCGCGGAGCAGUGGCCGCACAUCCACAUCAGCGACUCCCUGGUCAUGGCCGACGCGGCCGUGAAGAUGGCGGAAGCCGGCUGCAGGGCGGUGGGGGUGCUGGGCGUGGACUUUAUGAGCGAGAACGUGCGCGCCAUACUGGAUGAGGCCGGCCACACCGACGUCCAGGUGUACCGCAUGUCAUCAUCCCCCAUCGGCUGCUCCCUGGCAGAGGCGGCCGAGUCUGCGGCCUACGACAGGUUCUUGUCAGAGGCCGCCGCGACGCCCAACAGCCUCCACGUCGUGUACAUCAACACCAGCCUGCUGACCAAGGCCACGGCGGACGCCCUCGUGCCCACCAUCACCUGCACCAGCUCAAACGUGGUGCAGACCAUCCUGCAGGCCUUCGCCCAGGUGCCCGAGCUGACUGUGUGGUACGGCCCCGACACCUACAUGGGCCGCAACCUCGCCCAGCUCUUCACCAUGCUGGCCUCCGCCGACGACGCCGACAUCAAGGCCCUCCACCCCGCCCACGACCGCGCCACCAUCCGCGCGCUGCUGCCGCGGCUGCGCUACUUCGACGCCGGCACCUGCAUCGUGCACCACAUAUUCGGGGGCGAGACGUGCGAGCUGGUGCGGGCGAGGUACGGGGACGCCUACCUGACGGCGCACUUUGAGGUGCCCGGGGAGAUGUUCACGCUGGCCAUGGAGGCCAAGGCGCGCGGCAUGGGCUGCGUCGGGUCGACGAGCAACAUCCUGGACUUCAUAGCCGGGAAGCUCGAGGGCGCCCUGGCCGCGCCCUACGGCGACCGCCUCCAGUUUGUCCUGGGCACCGAGGCCGGCAUGAUCACCUCCAUCGUGCGCAAGGUGCAGGCCAUGCUCGCCGCCGCGGGCCGCGACGACGUCGAGGUCGAGGUCGUCUUCCCCGUCGCCCCUCAGUCGAUCUCCACGCCCCGCCAGGCCGUCGCGCCUGGCGCGGCCCCCCUCUCGCUGCCCGGCGGCCUCUCCAUCGUCCCCGGCCCCGCCGGCGGCGAGGGCUGCUCGCUGGAGGGCGGCUGCGCGGCGUGCCCCUACAUGCGCAUGAACACGCUCGACGCGCUGCUCGGCGUCUGCGGGCGCGUCGGGGCCCCCGGGGGCGAGGCGGCGCUUGCGGCGUUCAAGCCGCGCGCGUACGCGGAGCGCGUCGGCGGCAAGACCGUCGCCGCGGCGGGGUGCGUGCCCAUCCUGCACAUGCGCCACUUCAGCCAGAAGAAGGUUUUGGGGGACGUCUUGGUGGAUGACAUCAGGGGGCGCCACGCGUCGGCGUGA